UCCCUUGUCACGCUGGUUUGUCUCUGUGUUUAUUAUUUCUAUAAUGUUUUGCAGUUGCCAUAUGAGCUACAGGACAUGGUGAACAAGCACAUGAAGAGCAGCUUGCCUAACAAGACUCAGGGAGCUCAAGCCCAGGAUCCCGACACUCUGAGCCUGACUCCCGCAGACGUAGUGCCCACUUCAGUGAUCGCCCGAGUUCUUGAGAAGCCCGAGCCCCUGGUGCUCAACUCAGCCCAGUCGAGCAGCAGUGCAGGUCGGCCAGUGGCCGAGGACGUGUUCGUGCACGUUGACAUGACGGGACCACAAGAUAGCGGUGGAGGGCAUGAGAAUGGUGGUUCUGUUCAUGCAAGGCCUCCCGCGGGUGCCGGUUCUGAUCAACAGCAUGUAAACGGCAUGUGCCGAAGCCAGGGUUGCCUGGAUGGUCCGACAGGAGAAGAUGGGGGCGCCCCCUCUUUUGAGAAGUUGAAUCCGUACCCAGCUCCUCCACCACCAAACCCGCUCUACCCUGGUCGCAAAGUUAUCGAGUUCACUUCAGACGACAAAGUCAAGAUCCCCAAGAACAGCCCACUUCCCAACUGCACCUAUGCUACACGUCAGGCCAUUUCUCUGAGUCUUGUACAGAACGAAGAGGAGGCAGCGGAGCGCCAGCGCACCGUUCCCAAUAGCCCAGCUGUAUCUGAUGGGGGUUGGCGGUCGGGGACCUCCUCAUCUUCCGGCGGAGGACUCGCCUCUCACCAGCGCACACCUCCGCAGAUGGAUGCUACGGACACCCUCUCCAGUCAUUCGAGUCCCUUUAGCAGCCCCCCUCAGCCGCCUAGUGCUUUUGCCAGCUCUGGUAGUUCUGAGGAGGAUCUGCUGGCCAACUGGCAGCGCAUGUUUGUCGAAAAAAUGGCACCGUCUACAGACGGCUCCCUUGUCAACCGUACAUCCUUCAGCAGCGAGACUGUGAAAGAUCUCCAAAGAAGUCACAAUGGAAAAUCAGGAGACGGUGCUCUGAGAGGUGCCUACUCUGACGGCGAAGAGGGUUCCUCGGCCCAGAGCUGGACAGCAAGUAGAGAGUCCAGUUUGGAUACCGACACCAGCAGCAUGGCGGACCUCCGGGCAAAGAAGACGCACUAUGGAGGUGACUUUUCCCAGGAAGAGGGUGAACACCUACUGAUGACCCUUGAUCCACUUGACAAUGAUGGUGCUAGUGGAGACACCAUGGUCACCAUUGAGAGCAGUCCAGUUUCUGCUGAGCAUCAAGAGUUUGCUGACGAUGCGGGAUCAGCGGGGAGUUCAGCUGAGGAACGGGAUAUCCUUCCCCGGGACUUGCCUGUCAUUGGCUCAAAGGUCGUAGCUGCCCUUGAGGACUUUACAGACAAGCCGCCUCGGACUGGCACUGGCUCCACACGACCUCUGAAGAGUCCCAAGAGGAUGGGGGUUCAUCACUUGCACCGUAAAGACAGCCUUACCAGAGCGCAAGAGCAUGGAAACUUGCUGGACUGAGACUUCCAGGCUUAUUUUUCUCUUUUUUGUUUUGCUUUUUUUACCUUGAGUGCUCUUUGUCUUACUAGCAAUCACUAGUCAUAGCAGCACACGACGAGUGGAAGGGAUUGAAUCAGCCUUGCUGUAGUUAUCCUUGAGGCAUCAUUGUAACUCUUCUGUCCUCUCUUUGAGGCAUGGAUCUCUCUUAUCUGUUGAACCUAUGGGAUUGAUGGAUCAGUGGUAAAGUACCGACUGCAACUUCAAUUACUCUGACUAGUGGACAGUGCUUCAGGGAUCGUACAAGAAUGUCAUAGAUUGAUUUAAGGUGAUUUCCACCAGUCCAAGACUUGCUU